AGGGUAUGGGUGGUGCCAUGGACCUGGUUUCAGCAGACUCCAAAGUCCUAGUGGUCAUGGAACACGUAGCCAAGGGCAACAAGCACAAGCUGAAGCCCAGUUGCAGCCUGCCACUGACUGGCAAGCGAGUAGUGAACAGAUGCAUCACUGACAUGGCCGUCUUUGACUUCGUCACUGAAGGUCCAGAGGCUCCACCAACCUUGAUCGAGAUCGCUCCAGACACCACGGUGGAUGCGGUCAGAGAAGCCACUGGCUUCGAGUUCAAAGUCGCUGAGCCACUGAAGACCAUGUUGGCUGACUGAGCGAAUCGUGAAAACACUCGGCCAACGCUGCCGGACCGUUUCAACUGUGGACAGAAAGCAUGCUGGUGAGCUAGCACGGCCACGGCACGCGAACCAAGCGCUGCAUUUAAAGGCGCAUCAUCGAGUUUGGAAUCAGAUUGAAA